AUGUACACCUACACUCCCACCAGCCGCUUCCUCGUCCUCUCGGUCCCUUCAUCGGCCCCCUUCCACCCAGGCAACAAGUUCCUGGUCCUGUCACCUACCGAGUCAACUCCUGACAUGCGCGGCUACGACGAAGAAGUCCUGACCGAGGCUACCGCUGUCGACGCUCACUCCAAAUUGCACCGCGCUGACAGCACUUCGUCCACCUCGUCGGCUGUAUCGGACAUUCACCCGAGUGGCUACCUAUUCCUGGGCAACACCAAGUCCCGCCGUGCUUCUCAAUAG